AUGAAAAACAUCUUUGCGACUGAUUAAGAAAGCGCAGAUGAUAUAAACUAAAGGGCUGUAUCGUUUAGCAAAGCUCAUAGUAUUAUCGUUUCAAGCAAUUUAGUUUAAUAGGAUAAGAAUAUAGGACCUUAGAAUCAACAUUAGAACCAAAAUCAAAGAAAAAGUUUAGAAAGCUUAACUAUUGAAGAAUAAGAUAUUAUAUAUUAAGAAUAUCUUUAUGAUAAGUUCUUGCUUUCACCUAUAGAAAAAUAUCAAAAGUAUGGUAAGUGGCCAAUAAAGCUUAUUGUGCACGUUAUGCUAGUGCUGUUAACAACAUCUCAAAUUUUAUAUUCUUCAAACACAUUGAGCACUAAUUCUACUGAACAAUAUGAGUAAUGGAGAUAGCUAUUUUUUCAAGAGGAUUCUAACUAAAACAUUAAGAACAAUGUCUUUGAAAAUAAAAUGAUAUAUUACACUACUGUUUAAAAGUUCUAAAAUUAGACUAUUCUUAUGUUUGAUGAGAUGAAUGAAAAUAAUACUAACCGCAUACAAGAUGUCUACUUUAAUUAUUCUGAUAUAUCUCUCAAAGUUUAUUAUAACUAUCCUAUGGAUUCACAUCUUACAGAAUAUAUUCAUGAAAUAUAAGAUGACAAUUAAAAUCCUCAGGAUCAAGAUUAAUAAACUAAACUUGUUUAAAAUUCUGACUCUGAUGAAAAAAAUUAAAAAUUAGAUUCAGAUUCAGACUAAAAUAAUUUAAAAGAUAUACCUAAAAUGCCUCGCUAAAGAGAUUUUUACUAAGAAUUAAAUUUCAACAUGAAUUAAAAUUUUCAAAGAAGAAUUUUAAAUAAAACAAAUAGUAACCACAAAAGUAAUUUAAAAAAUUUUAAUUUGCAAAAAUAUCAGCAAGUUCAAUUAGUUUAUCCAAUCGAUAGAAAGGUUGGUAUCUAGUAACCUUUUGACAUGAAUAAUAUAACUCAAAUAAAAUAAAUAUUUUAGUUUACAAAUCAUUUGGAAAUAGUUAUGAAAAAUGUAAUUUUGAUUAAAUCUAAUUUAAUAUCUUGUUGGGAAUUUAACAUUUUUUAUAAUUUGUAUGGACAUGCUACUAUACAAGCUUUACUAUAAGCAGAUGGAGGAAUUUGUACAGAGGAAUUAUUUUAAAAGGGUAUUGAAUUACAUAAGGAGGAGUAUUUUAAUUCUUAUGCUUAACCACCCACUAGUAACGUAGAUGAUAAUACUUAAAACUCUAAUUAACAAAAUAAACAAGACGAGGAAUUACUGAAAAAAAGAUAGCAGAUGAAAGUUAGGGGAACCAGAUUUAAUACUUUAUCAUCAACUUCUUCAUAAAAAAAAUAAAAAAAACCAGAAAGAUCUCCUAUAAAUCGUAAAAAAACAGAAUAGCCUAAAGGAUAAAAAAUAAACAAAUAAGAAUUAUUAGGAAUUGCUGUAAAACCUCCAGAUUACGAAAGAAAUGGUAACUUAUAUAAAAGUGGAAAUUUACUGUUUAUAGGUUUCAACACAUUAAUAGAUGUGAUGUCAUUUGUUUGUAGUGCUAUUUCGUUGUUUUUAUGUUUAAAAUAUCUUAUUCAAAUUAUUGAUGUUUACAUUCAAACUUUUGAGAAAUCUACCAAGGCCUACAUUCAUAAAGAUCUAAAGAAAAACUAAUCUCUAUAAAAAAACAAAGGUAAAUACCUUACCUUGUAACGUAUAUUAGCAGAGUAAAGAGGAUGGAAUGAACUCAGCUUGUGGGAAAAACUCUCUUAUUUUGAUUUAUGGUUUUUUGUAAUCUUAAUAGGAAAUUUCUUUUAAAUGGUUGGAAGUAUUUACUUAAUUUUCUUAGAUAGUCAAUCUGAAUUGGAUUAAAAGACUUCAGUGGUUAACUGGACAGUCGGUAUAGGGUGCUUUUGUGCUUGGUGUUCUUUGAUGAAAUAUUUGGAGCACAGUAAAUCUAUGGCUAUCAUUUUAGACGUUCUUAAAUUCGCACUUCCUUAGCUUUUUAAAGUUCUCAUUGAAUUCUCAAUAUUAUAUAUUUCAUUCAUUAUUAUUGGCAUGACUAGCUUCUGGUAGUCUGAACGUUUUUCAGAUGUCUCCUCAACAGCAGUAACUUUAUUUGGAGUUGUUUUGUCUGAUUCAAUAUUUUAUGUUGCUUAAGACUGUGAAUAAAAUGGAGUGCUACCUAGGUUUAUGGCAGACUUUUAUGUAAUAUUGUUCGUUUUGAUGUUUAUCAUCUGUGUAACAAAUAUUAUGAUUGGUAUCCUUGAAGAUGGUUAUUCAAGAAAUAAAAUGGAAUAAAAAUUUAAAAAAACUAUUGAAAAUGUUGAUAAUGAAAAAGAUAGAGCAGUGAUUUCCAAGAUGGUUCAGAAGAAAGAAUUAGAUAGAGGAAGUUAAAUGUUCAGGAGACAAGGUUCCUUUGACUCUGAUGAUGGAAUAAAUUAUGGUAAAAAGAAUAAUGCAAAUUUUUUUUCACCAUUCUAGGGUGCAAAUUAAUCAUCUCCAAGCUUUAAAGUAUUUACACCAUAAUAAAAAUCACUUUAAGUUUCACCCAUGAUUUAUUCUAAAUCUCCAAAAUUUAGUGAUAAAUCUAAAAACAGUCCUUUAGUUUAAAUGAAAAUGGUGAAGAAUGCUGGAAUAGCUAUCUAAAAAGCUAAAAGAUUUGUAUAAAUUAGAAAAAAAGAAAAGUAAGAACAAGAAAAACCAAAACAAGCAAUCACUUUUCCUAACAUAUAAUAGUAGGAAGAAAAAGAUAUUUCUAUGUUUGAUGAUUAAAACUUAUUUUUCUCAGUCGAUAAUGAUCAGUAAGUAAAUUAAUUGGAAACUGAGCAGGCUUUUAAAUAAGAAUAAGAGCAAACAGGCUAAAGAUAAUAAGAAGUAGAUUUCUUUGAGCAAAAAUAAUAAUAAGACGAAGAAAUUCCAGAUUAAAGUUCAGAGUAAGAAUUAGAGUAGUAAAAAUAGCUGUCAUAAAGGAGAAAAUUAAAAAGCAAAACACUUCAUAAUCUUAACUAUUAAACUAUUGAUGAGUAAGAUUCUUCUGACUCUGAAAAAGAUGAAAAAAAGCCAAGCAUCUAAAAAAUAAUUUCAAGUGAAGAUAUUUAAGAAACAUAAGAGAAAAAAACAGAAAGCGAUUAGUUUGAAAAAAAUAAUUUAAGUUUUAGUGGUCCUUAAACUUUUGCAACCUAAACACAAUAAUUUUUUUAAGCACUUCAAGUCCAAAAGUAACUAAGUGCUUCAUAGGUUUUUAAAAACGAGUUAGAAAUGCUAAAGAAGAAAGAGGUAUUUGUUGAUAAAACUAAUUCUCUUUUUAAUGGUGGAUAUAAAAAGAUAAAAUUUUAUUUAGAAGAAUCAUAAAAGCUAGUUAUAAACACUAAAUUCUUGUAAGUAACAAAGCAACAAAAGAGAUACUUAUACAAAAAGUAUUCUUCAUACUUAUAAUAUUUCUAGUAAAGAAUAGCAGCUAAUUUGCUUGAAAUAGAAUACUUUUAAAUGGAUUGA